AUGUCUACGUUUAAUGAUUCUGCAUCUAACAUCACUCAGAUUGUACUGCCGUUGCAUCAAGAUUUGAAAACAUUUUUGUCUGUGUCCUCAUGUGUUAUUUUUCUCUAUGUCAACGGGGUCAUGAUCUUCACUUUAAAGAAGAAGACUGUUUUUCAGGAGGCAUCCCGCUAUAUUUUGUUUGGACACAUGCUUUGGAUUGACACGUUUAAUCUUGUGAUGAGUGUAGUGUUGUUUGUGUGUGCUGUUUGUAGGGUUUUUGUAAUGAAAAUUGUCUGCCUUGUGCUUCUCGUUGCUGCAACAGCUAUUUAUCAGGUCUCUACCUUGAAUCUGGCGUUAAUGUCACUGGAGAGGUAUGUGGCCAUCUGCUUUCCUCUCAGACAUGCAGAAAUCACCACUAAUGGAAGAACUAACGUGGCCAUCGGUGUCAUUUGGAUGAUAAGCUGCAUUCAAUCCCUGUCCGAGAUUAUUGUCUUUUAUUCUAUUGAUACCACAAACAUAGCACUGAAUUUGUUCUGCUCAAGACCUACUCUUUUCAGGCUGCAGAUCUACAAGAAUCUUGGUAUAGCUUUCACAUGUAUGUUUUUCAUGUCUGUGUGUUUUGUUAUUAUCUUUACUUAUGCCUCUAUAGCAGCUGUGGCUAAAACAGCCGCCUGUGAUAAAAUUUCGGCCAAAAAAGCCAACAAGACUGUUCUGCUGCAUCUAAUACAACUGGGACUCUGUGCUGCUUCUAUCUUAAUUGGAGUUAUUCAAGAUGCCAUUUUCGUUUAUACUGACUAUAUGACUUCAAUUAAUGUGAUGUAUUUUUGCUUUGUAGUGUUUAUGAUUUUUCCAAGAUGUUUAAGUCCUCUUAUAUAUGGUCUGAGAGAUCAGGCCUUCAGCUGUUUAUUUAAAUACUACUUCACUUUUGGUUUCAAAAGGAAAAACAGUUGUAAAACAGAAAUACAUUUAGUAUCAGGUGGUUGAGAAAUAGCAGAUGUAUCUGAUGGCUAUUGAAAUGUUAUCUAAAAUGUUUUAGUAAAUAUUAUUUUGUCACUA